AUGGUUUACCUGUGGUGCCAGAUCCAACUUCGAAUCCUCAGCCAAGCUACACUGCUCGAGGAUGUACGGCAAGCGCAAUUCGAACGGAUCCUCUCAACUCCACUGCUCGCACCUGGUGAGGGGAUCGCGAACUCCCCUGACGGCCUGUUUACCGACCUUGUGGAACCUCCGGGUCCUUUCCAGAAUGCGAGAGACACUGGCAUCCGUAUUGAAUCUAACGAACUAUACCUGAUUCAAAUAUUAGCUUCGCUUGCUUCCAAUUUGACUUCACAGCAGGUGCCGUCUGAUUCUUAUCGUAACGAUCCACCCAACCCACAAGAUACCAAACGCCGCCCUCCUAUGAACUACGCCACCGACCCUCCAACCACUCUUCCAAAUUCUCUCUGCUUAGAUUCUCUGAAUUUCGUCGAGCAGAAUGCUGCCGAACGAAUCCCAGCAGAAAUCCUCAUCGACAUUUUCACCUACAUCCGCCCCGUGUUUAAACCCGCGAAGCAGAGGAGCAAGAUCGAAUCCGAUAAAUCAUCCUACCAAGUCGCACUUGCUCAAUUUGCUGAUCUCCGGCUCAUCAGUCGCUUCUGGAACCACCAAUCUCAUGCAUUCAUCAAGCGGGAAUGGGUUCCGAAGACCUUGCCAAAUUUGACGUCGACCACGAAGAACCUUAUCUUUCGACGAGUCUCCACACCCACGCUAUCACAUGCGUUGGAUAUCGCCCUGGUAUCCGGAAAUCCUCCUCAAACGGAGAUCCAAAAACUCUUUAGUCGGGUUGGCAACACCAGGACGGGCACAACCGUUCGACACAUUCCUCUACGUUCCUUGACAUUGAGAAAUGUUGAGACAAUUGGCGUUGAGGGAACGUUGACUGUCCUUCGCACAAAUUUCAUCGGCAAAAACCUUGUUUCUCUUGUAAUUGAGCCACCCAGCUACCAGUUUUGGCCAACCGCAUACCCAAUCGCCAUCGUCAAGGAAUGUCCGUCUCUUGUCAAAUUCUCUUACUUUUAUGUAAUCAAGAAAGACCUUUUCGACCAUCUCCCUCCAACCCUUCGCCAUCUGCAUCUAGCAAUAAUCUACAACCAAUGGAUCAGGGAAAAGGAAGACGGUCUCAUUGCUGGCGCAGCAGGGUAUGCCGAAGCAGUAAGAGUUCGCCAUUACUCUCUUGAGAAGCUCCAGAUUUCCACUUGCCAUGAAUACCGUCGAUCUACGAGAAUUUCGAGCAAUUCUGGUCAACAUCGGCUACUCCAAGAAGCGUGCGAUAGUGCAGGGGUGACUUUGCUAUGGACCGAAUACGAGGAGCAUCAGGUCAAGGCUGCUGAAAGGUCGACAGUCCAGUGGCUUUCAGCUCUUUUCGUUGCCCUUCAAGGCUUCAACCCCCAUUUCUGUCGGAGUCGCCCACGAGAUUCAAUGGCCUACAUGGUCCUCUGCCCAUGGGCCUUGGAACCUAUGGUCGCAUAUGACGCGCCUGCCCGUCCCACAGGCCUCAGCAGGCACAUAAGCAUACGCGGGGGUGUUCUUCUGAUAUCUCCAGAACAUGCAAGUUCUGCCUCUCGCCGCAAUAAGGUAACACCAUUAUGCGUGUCCUUGAACUUCUUUCGCAUAGCCUUCGAGCUGCUCGAUCGUCUUCUGGUAAUUACCGCCAUUCCCAGCUUUUCCCUCGAAGAUGAUCUGCCACAACACAGUUGGCGGAAUAGCGUGAUUGUUACCAGAGAGGAAAUGAGGUACAAACCAAUAAAUGAAACGCUGCUAGACGCUGCUUUGUUCCUAAUACAGCUUCAAAUCCUCAGCCGCGCUACACUGCUCGCAGCUAAUGUACGGCAAGCGCAAUUUGAACGGAUCCUCUCAAUUCCAAUGCUCGCACCCGGUGAGGGGAUGGCGAACUCCCCUGACCGCCUGUUUGCCGGCCUUGUGGAACCGCCGGCUCCUUUCCAGAAUACGAGGGACACGGGCAUCCGUAUUGACUCUAACAAAUAUACUUGGUUUGAGUAUAUUCGGCGAGUGACCAACCUUGCGAGCCUUUGUAACGAGAACCCUCGAGAACCUGGAUUCGGUCUUCAGCAACUUAGCGACAGGCACAGACAGGGUACAGAUAGGCACCAGAAGAACGUAGAGCUUGACCUAGCUGCUGGCUGCAUAAAUGGUGUCGACGAAAAGACAACGACGGAGUGGAAGCCAAGAACAAGGGCACCAAAAAAUCCAAGAAAUCGACAUUUACCGUCAGGUCGUGCGAAUGUGCGGCUGAUAAAUCCACUUGAGCAGAAUCCUGCCGAACGAAUCCCAGCAGAAAUCCUCAUCGAUAUUUUCACCUAUAUCCGACCCGUGUUCGAACGCACGAAGCAGCGGAGCAAGAUCGAAUCCAAUAAAUUGUCGUAUCAAGUCGCACUUGUUCAAUUUGCUGAUCUCCGGCUCGUCAGUCGCUUCUGGAACGAGACCAUCACACCAGUCAUCCAUAGCGAAGCCGUUAUCUUCACCCUACCCAUUGAAGCUUUGCAAAAAAGCCUGAAAUUUCUCGACCAUGGAGCCGAGCACAUCAAAUCUUUAAUCCUUAUCGACGACACCGCUCUUUUACAUCCCUAUCCCCCUAUCAUUUUUAAGCCCAAAAUAUUGAAGGAGGCUAGAAAAUUGCUUGCCGAGAGUUUAUCGUCUAAAUGCUCUUCAUCCAACAUACAAACAUUGGAAUGCCAUGACAGAUCUCAUGCAUUCAUCAAGCGGGAAUGGGUUGCAAAGACCCUGCCGAACUUGUCGUCGACCACGAAAAACCUCAUCUUUCGACGAGUCUCUACACCCAUGCUGUCACAUGCGUUGGUUAGUUUGGGUCGUUCUAUCCAACGCCUAGAAAUCCAAUCUUGGUAUUCUCCCCCAGAAACGAGAAAUGGCUGCUUUCAUCUACCGACUAAGAUGCCAUUGCUCCAGGAUAUCGCCCUGGUAUCCGGGAAUCCUCCUCAAACGGAGAUCCAAAAACUCUUUAGUCGGGUUGGCAACGCCAGAAAGGGCACUACCGUUAGACACGCCGUUCCUCUACGUUCCUUGACAUUGAGAAAUGUUGAGACACUUGGCAUCGAGGGAACGCUGACUAUCCUUCGCACAAAUUCCAUCGGCAAGAACCUUGUUUCUCUUGCAAUCGAGCCACCCAGCUACCAAUCUUGGCCAACCGCAUACGCAAUCGCCAUCGUCAAGGAAUGUCGGGCUCUUGUCAAAUUCUCUUACUUCUGUACAGUCAAGAAAGAUAUUUUCGACCAUCUCCCUCCAACCCUUCGCCAUUUGCAUCUAUCGAUAAUUUUCAACCAACACCGCUCUCCAAUCAUGUCAGGUGGAAGGGAAGACGGUCUCAUUAGUGGUGCAGCAGGGUUUGUCGAAGCAGUAAAAGUUCGCCAUUACUCUCUUGAGACGCUCCAGAUUUCCACUUGCCAUGAAUAUCGUCGAUCUACGAAACUCUCAAGCACUUUUGGCCAACAUCUGGUACUCCAAGAAGCGUGCGAUAGUGCAGGGGUGACUUUGCUAUGGAGUGAAUACACCGGGCUAUGGAGUGCAUACUUCGCCGGUUGA